AUGACUCGGUCCAAGAACAAUACAAAUACUUCGCCUAGUCGACCGGUCCAGCCGAAUCUCAAUAAUCCGGAGGAUAGCGGCUCGCCUGCCAGCCUCUCGCGUCCGACGCCUUCGCCCCCUCCGCCAUGUGCCGGCGGCGCCAGAGUGGCGUCACCUCUCGACGCUCAGAGAAUUUCCGUGCCUACGCCGACGCCCGCCGCCUCUGCAGGUAACUUCGCAGGCUGCACGGCACGAUACAGCGGGGCGCCGCAAGAGUCAUUAGACGCUUUCAUAGACGUGGUCGAGUCGUACAAAGAUUGUACGAACAUUAGUGACGGUAAUGCCGUGCUCGGUUUAUCAAUGCUGCUGACGCUCGACGCCGCUACGUGGUGGCAAGGCUUCAAAGCCACCGUCACAUCGUGGGACGACGCGCUCCGGUUCCUGCGUAGUGCCUUUGGAGACCGUCACCCGCCUCACCGCAUCCACAGAGAGCUCUUUUCCAAUCCGCAAACGGGAGAAAAUACGGAAUUAUACAUUUCGAAGGCUCGAGCCCUCCUCGCUCGCCUUCCACCAGGCGACCUUAGUGAAAAGGUCAAGCUGGACAUGAUUUAUGGGCCUCUCCACACGCGGACGAGACAGCGUCUUCGACGUUUCGCGUCGAUGGAGACUCUUUUAAAAAAAUAG